ACUGUCUGAGGGAAAUAUGUCUGCAUUAUUAAAUAGUUUACUUGUUAAUUACGACAACAGGCUACGACCCAACUUUGGAGGAAAACAUGUCGUUGUUACUGUUGGUUUUUGGAUUUUAUCAAUCGAUGAAAUAAAUGUUAUGGAUAUGGAUUACAGAAUGGAUUUUUUCCUUCGUCAAUUAUGGCAUGAUCCUCGAUUAAAGCACUCUUUCAAUGGGACCUUAGCUUUAGGUAACUACAUGAUGGAUAAGAUUUGGGUCCCUGAUACGUAUUUUGAGAAUUCAAAGAGCUCAAGCUUUCAUAAAGUCACGACGGUGAACAAAAUGUUGACUAUAACAUCAAAUGGGGAUGUUCAUUAUAAUUCAAGGAUAACGGCCACAGCCAGCUGUCCYAUGGAUUUACGAAUGUUCCCUAUCGAUAUCCAAGAAUGUGGACUAAACAUAGAAAGUUAUGGUUACAAUGCCGAUGAAAUGGUGUAUAAAUGGGAGGAUAGAAUUGACAAUGGUAUUGCUGUGAACAAGAAAACACGUGAUAUGCCGCAAUACAACUUGACAAAAAUAACAGCAAAACGCAUCUUUACGAUGUAUUUUUCAGGCAACUGGUCUCGUCUGUCUGCACAUUUCCAGUUCCAACGUCGAUCUGGAUAUUUCUUUAUUCAUAUUUAUGGACCAUGUGCUUUAAUCGUAAUUAUAUCGUGGAUAUCGUUCUGUAUUCCACCCGAAUCGACGGCAGCGAGAAUAGCACUGGGAAUUACAUCAGUACUGACAAUAACAACAAUUUUAAACAUGUUAAAUAACUCAAUGCCUAAGGUUGCUUAUGUUAAAGCCAUCGACUGGUAUCUUAUCGGAUGUUUUCUGUUUGUAUUUGGAGUGUUAUUUGAAUACACACUAGUGCUGUACAUAGACAACGUACACAAUAGAAGACAUAGACGACGAAUGAAAAAACGUAAGAAGAUUGACGACACAGAUGAACUUGAUGAAUACAGACCACUUACAGAAGACUUUCAAACUCCGUCGACAAGAAACAGAAGUCACCAAAAUGGCCACUGCCAUCAAAAUGGAGGAUUACCGAAUGGAUUUCAAUCAUCAAACCAGUACAGCACAGUUUAUGUGAAACCAAGACAAAGAAAGGACACAGAGUUCGAGAAAAAACCCAACAAACCAAAAAGAAGUUUUCUAUGUCGAAUAACUUGUCGAGAUUUAAUCAAUAGCGAGUGUUUAGAUAGUUAUUCUAGAGUUCUUUUUCCAUUAUCGUUUGCCGUUUUCAAUGCUGUAUAUUGGCUUGUGUUUAUGCAGUUCAUAGUUGUUGAGGUAUAGAAUAUAUUUAUAGUAUAACUUAUUUCUUAUGGGUCUCCUUUCGCAGCCGUUAUGAGACUCUUUCCCAAGUCCAACCUUAGACCUAGUAACGAGCCUCAUAGCGUCUGCGAGAAAAGACUAGUGUUGCAUAGGUCGAUAUAUGAAUUCCAUUAAAAAAUACAUAUAAUUGUCAA